AUGGUCGGUAAACAUUCAUAUGCUACUGAUCUAUCCAGAGAAGUAUCCUUAUUCAAGUGCCAAGUUGAAAAUCCGCUGCCUAUUGUGUUAGCUGAAGAACCGCCGUGUAAUAAAACUGUUUAUCAAGCAUUAAUGAAGAAGUUUCGAAGAAACGCAGAAAAUACUCCGUGUUCUCCUAUUGAAAAUUCUCCAGUGUCGGAUGAUGGAAAAUAUGUGGAUGAAGUCAUUGAAGGCGAUAAAAUCUCUUACGAUUUACUAUCAUCUGAGGUACAUAUCAAUUUAAAGGCAUUCACAGAAAUAUUUUGA